UGGCAAACAGAAUAAACUUCAAUGGCAAACAGAAUAAACAUUCAGAUAUCCUUUUUAGCCAACUAACAAUAUGGAUUAAUAACACAAAUUUGUUGUACAAUAUCCAAGUUCAUUUUCAUAACAGAAAACACACAUUGAAGACAUUAGCAACUCGAAUUACACUAUCAUUCUAAAUACAAGAAUAUUAACUUUACCAUAUAGCUAGUUACAAGAAUAAAAUACUUAGUUAUAAUGUAUUCUAAAUCUCUGAUUCUCGACUUCCUCAAUCCUUGUUCUGCCAUCAUUCGAUUUAUCACACGCCUCUUUUGAAGGUUCAUUAUCUUCACCAUGCAAAGAGCGUAAGUAGUUCUUGCCAACUAUCAACAAUUGAAUGUUCAAUCGCAAAGGGCGUAAUAACAUUAUAAUAAAUCAAAUCAAAAGGAUUACAAAUUACAAUAUAAAAUAAGCUCAAUAAAUAAUAAGAAAACAUGCACAACUCAAUAUGAAUAAUUCUGACUAUAUAAAUAAAAACAGACCACAUUGAAAUAUAGAAAGAACAACUAAACCUAAAGAAGAUAGAACAACACACUUUCAACAAUACACACUCAUAAAACAUACAUAAGAUCCAACCAUACUAUUGAGGUUAUCUCAAUGGUACAAAAGCCUAAAGGUUUCAAAGUUUAACAUCACCAUUUCAUAAUAUUCAAAUUAACAUUAAUAAAUACUAUGCAGUACUCCUUAUUAAGUAGAAUAAAAAGUAAUAUAAAAACCAUUGCAGCUAUUAAACUUGAAUGAUCAAAUAAAAUAGUCAAACAAAUUAAACCACAAUCUAACACAAUUUAAGCUGGAAAAGUGAAAAAUAAUAUUUAAAAUCCAGCAAAGAUACAAACAUAUAAACAGAAGAGGAGAAUAAUUACAAAAAAAACAUGAUUUGAAACAAAAGCAUUCAUUAAAGCAUUUCAACAAACACCUUAUAGGCAUAAAAGUGAAAUACAAUAGUUGAAUAAAAAUUAAAAUUAUAAUCAUCACAAAUCCAUACUAAUAACAUGGAUGGUGUAAAAAACAUCUAACUAAAAUAGUGAAAAUUAUAAUUCCUAUAACAUUUUUUUAACCAACCAUAAAUUUGUAACAAUGGAACUAAAAUAGAGACAAGUCCAUUGAUCCAUCUUAGUAAUUUCCACCCCUGCAAAACAGUAAGUCAGUAACAAAACUAACUAGCAGCAUAGUAAGGAAAUUGAAACCUCAAUCGUCUUGGACUUGGGCUGAGGAGGAAGCUCCUCCUCCACCACCCCGUUCUCACACUUAUGAUGGCCGGCAUGAAAAAAAGGGAUCCAAGAACCGAAGUUUGUUUCAUAUGGCUAUAUCCCUAUUAUUUCAUUAUCAAUAAAUUAAAAAGGGAAGAAGAGAAGAAAUCUAACCGAAGGCGAGAGGAAGAAGAGGCGGAGGAAGAAAACCAGAAGGAGGGGCGAAUGAUUUGUGCGGUAGGGAAAAGAGGAAAGAGAGAGAGGAUUGGGGGAAUUGGGGAUGGGGUGGGAGCCGGGUAAAAAGAAGGGGAAAAGUAAAAACGGGGGAUAGUAUUUAUGCUGUGUACACCGCUGUGUAAGCGGGUGUGUACACAGCGACUUUUCCGUAAAUGAAUGGUGAGUACUGAGUAGUAGUGCUGCAUAAUUAAUGAUGCUUUUUAUCGGUCAGCAUUUUACAUUUAUGCAGCACGUUUGUUUUAGGAUGUUCAGACAUUGUAACUUUACAAUAGUCUUCUAGAAUAGCCAAAUAUUUUGAGUGGCAAAACACUGUCCACAAUCUUUUGCUGCUAUAUUAAGAUUACGAUAGAUAUGAGAGAGAGAUGGAGAGAAUGAAUUCUUCAUCAGUUCCAAUUCAUUCACUGGUCUAGACAAUGAUUCGACUAUCCCUUUCAGCCUACAUACCCAUAUUCCACACGCACGUCGUUUCUCAAUCUUUACUGUUUCAUUCAACUUUUGCAGAAAGAUCGAGUCUUUUGUCACCUGAAACCCGAAAUUAUGAAAACUUCGACCCCAACAAGCACAAAGACUGGCUCAGUCCUACACAAGUGAUCAAAAUUUUCCAUAAUCUGAAAGACCCACAUUCAGCCUUGAGUCUGUGGACACAAAUCUCAAAACGAAAAGACUACAACCCUAAUGAAGCGCUCUACUCAGCGGUCAUCAACAAGCUUGCAGAUUCCAAGAACUUUGACGGAAUUGAUACCCUUAUGGAAAGAAUCAAAUGUGAGAGAAAAUGCAGGCUUUCCGAUGAGUUUUUCUACGAGGUGAUCAAGAUAUAUGGGAAUGUAGGUGGUAGAAUAAACAGAGCCACAUAUACCCUCUUUGAUAUGCCUAAUUACAAGUGUUGGCCGAGUGUAAGAACAUUCAAUUUUGUUCUGAACUUACUCGUGAACACGAAGCAGUUUGAUGUUGUUCACGAAGUGUAUUUGGGUGCCUCAAAGUUGGGUAUCGAGAUAGAUGCCUGUUGCUUGAAUAUCAUCAUAAAAGGAUUAUGCAACUGUGGGAAACUUGACAGUGCAUUCCAAGUGCUCGAAGAAUUUCCCAAGCAAAACUGCAGGCCUACCGUAAGGACUUUUUCAACAAUUAUGCGCGCACUCUGUGAUCGCGGUUGCGUUGAGGACGCAUAUGGGUUGUUGGAGAGGAUGAGAAAGGAAGGAGUGGAUCCGGAUACGAUCACAUUUAAUAUCUUGAUUUCGGGAUUUAUGAAGCAAGGGAGAGUUGAAGAGGGGAUUGAGGUUUUCAUGAAGUUGAUGCACAAAGGUUGUGAUCCAAACGGGGGGACUUUUCAGGAGGUGCUGUAUGGGCUUCUCAGUACCAAAAGGUUUGUUGAUGCCAUAGGCUUUAUGGGAAUGAUGAUUGAGAAAGGAGAGAAUCCGAGUUUCAAGUCGUAUAAAUUGGCUAUUCAUGGCCUGUGUGAUCAAAAUCUAACUGCACAACUCGACUGGCUACUAAAGCAAAUGGUUAGGCAUGGGUUUGCACCAACAAUGGGGAUGUGGAAAAGGAUGGUCGAGUGUUUGUUUCUACAUUCCGAUCAUUGACUGAAUGACUUUUGUAGAAGCUUUGAACGUUCUUUCCAAAUUAUUAUUAUCAUCAUCAUACAUAUUGAAGAGCAGUUUCCAUUUAUGAAUUAAGAUGGAUGGCAACAUGUUUUGCUCUAUCUGAUUUGCCCUUUUAUUUCGUGAUCCUCAAAGAUUGAGAAUGGUACUUAUAACUCAAACGCAACCUCUUCUUCAGUCAUUAAUUUAGCCAAUAACAAGUUUUCUGGUGAAAUACCCUUCUUCGGUCAAGGGCAUAUGGGUGGAAGAAUUUAAGAGUUAUUGUUCCUGAAAGGGGUUGGGUUGAGGAUGGAUUUGCACUUAUUGGGUGUUAGUUGCAAUUGUUGUUAAUACUUCCACAACUUAGCUUUGUUCUCCGCAUGCUUUUCUUUUGUUGGAUUCAAAUUGUGACACUGCACUAUGCUUAUUUCGUAUAUAGGGGAUGUUUGGAUCUGA